AUGACCGGCAAAGUAUCUGACCCUAGGGCCCUCGACAGCUACAGCCUUUCACCAGAAGAUCUGGUGAUAGCAAAGGGCCCGCUGACGAAUUCCAAUGGCUAUUUUAUUCCGGACUGCAACCCGACCGACCUGGAGCAAUGGCCGUGCGACUUCUCACCACGGCAGUCACACCUGCUGUCUACACGCAGUGAUGCCAGCCAUGAACAGCAUAGUCAGGAACAUCCCAGUUUCUCGCUGCCGACAAUAAACCCACACAGUGCCAGCCCCUCGCUACCACUUUUACAGCAAGACGAGAUGUCCCAGGCGCUUGAUUCAGUGAUCGACACCUGUGCUGGCUCAUUGGCCUUCGUUAGUGGUCCUAUCCACGAAGAUGACGAAAACGCCCUCCUAGAGGCGGUGGGCUUGUCAGUGGGCCCUGAUCUCUCUAUAGAGGAAACUGGCGAUUCGAGCUUUGGCAUGGCAUGGGCUCCGCAAUCUCCCAGCCGCUUUCAGUUAUCACCAACAUUCGACAGUCGGACCUGCAACAAUGACGGCCUUAACAAGAUUGACCCGAUGGACACGAACCAUGCGUGGAAUAAAGGUGACGAACUUGAAGACGACAACCGUGCAAAGCGCCCGCGGCGGCUAAAAGUGCCUCGCACAUCGUCGAUACUAGACAGCACCCAACCAUCGCGUCAGGGGUCCAGGACGUCGCCAGCACCUGAAUCCGUGGGUGCUGCAAGGCCUGAAGAUCCGAGGGAUAUUGAGCAACGCAGCACCUCGAUCAGGUGUGCUAAUUGUUCUACUCAAAACACCUCCCUUUGGCGCCACCAUCACGACGGCCACACGCUGUGCAACGCCUGUGCUCUGUUCUACAAGCUACAUGGCCGCUUACGGCCUCUGUCCAUGAAAACGGACUUUAUCAGGCGGCGUAAUCGUAAUGGCACCAAUAACCUAGCCGCCCGGACCGCUCGUGCACCCCAGCCGUCUCUGCGAAGGGGUUCCAUGGAGCAGGUGUCUGCAUCGAAAAGCGACCGAAGGGACAGUGACCGCAGGCUUCCGCGAUGUAUUUCUGAUGGUUCGAGUAGUGACAUAUCAGAUAGAAAAUCCGCCGCCGCACCUCCGAUUACUACGGGAUCUUGGGUGGGAGCGAGCACCGGCCGAACUGAGAGUCAAGAAACUCCGACCAUAUCCCAGUCCGGGCUGGAGAAAGGGCCGGACCCGGUAGCUGCUAGUCAGGCACAGCGGAGCAGCAGUAUCCAUGGCAGGCAAGGCGCAGGCCACAAGUGGGAGUGGCUGACGAUGACUUUGUAA